UGUCGUUUGUACAUCAAACAGAAAUAUAUUUUUUUACAAAAUUACUGUCAAUAAAAAUGCAAGAGGACGAAUGCCAGCAAGUCAUAGACCGCAACUUGCCGCAGUUGGUAAGAUUGCUGCUAGAUUCGCCCAUCGAUGACAAGAAAAAUGACAGUGGCCAAGAGGUUGAGGUGGACUCUGCCACCAUCGAGAAAUGCCUUUCUUAUGCCAGACAUCACAUAGCGGAUCCUGAUGUUGUCGACUGCCACCCGGAGUCGGUGUGGGUUACCAUGAACCACUUUCUGGAGCGCUAUCACAGCGAACAUAUAUCCGAAUUCGGGGACACAUUUAAUCAGCUGGCCAAUGUGGUACUGAAUCAUCCGAUCUGUAUGAACCACAGGCAGCAGAACCUCCACUGGCGACUGCUGGACUUCGUGCUCUCUGUGAACUACAAGGCCUUUCACUCCGUUCGUCGCAACUACCAAGAGAUGGAGCAGAAGCGAAAGAACAUCCUGGAGGCACUCACCUUGGCCACCGAAAGUUCGCAGGUCGUUCUUAAAGAUACAAAAAAGUGUGAUUUCGAAACUAACUCUAUAGGUGGUGCAACGAAACCAACAGCUGAAGAUCAGCUUACCCACAAGAAAAAGCACAAGCACAAGAGUCCCAAGGGUCCCAAGAGUCCGAGGACAAAGGUUACUUUUGAUCCCAUCCAGCGCCUCUGUGAUGAAAUAAGAGAACUAAGUUCCCCGGUAGAAAUUCCCUUGGAGACGGUACGACCACAGAUACCGAAGGAACCACCUGCAGCACUGGACACCUUGGACCUCAGUUACUCUAUGGAACCCAGUCUACACAAAGUGGAAGUAAAGGAAAAGUUCGCCAUAAAAGAGGCCAAGAUGGAGCUGGAAUUGAAUCUUAUCCAGUAUGAGCACUCCGCAGAGACACCCGCAUUAGUUGAAUUCUUUAAAAACGAAAGUAACAUGCUCUACCGUGUUCAGACGAACUGGUGGCAAGUGGAUGUUAGCGUGUACAAUCAGCCGCGAAUUCUGGUCAUCAAUUUCAACCAGGGAUAUGCUGACUUUUUGAUUUUUCAGCUCCGGGAAUUGCAAGCCUCGAUACGAAAGGUGAGCGAGGAGCACCUGCUCUUAAGCGAACUGAUUGUCCUGUUCUUUGCAUCCGUGAAUUGUAAAAACUUUACAAUAUUAAAUGAGAAUUUGGAGAUACGAACUGACGAGCAUUGUAGUGCACUUAAACAUUUACAAGAAGGUCCUCACCUGGGCGAUAUUAUUAAAUCUCUAAAACAAAUGCGUCAUCUAAGGAAAUUUAUUGAACCGCAUGCGGUGAAGAGAAUCAAGUGUGAUCGCUUGGAGACCCUUACUUGUUUCAGUGUAGCACUGCGGCAACUUCUUCGACCGGUGAUAGAGUUCCUCGUUCAUUUUGAGAGGCGAUUAACAAAGGGUAUUGAAUCUGCCACCCUGCAGCACUUUAUAGAGACAUUAAGAGGUCCUUCAGAAAGGAUAAAAUGGCUUUAUGAGCUCUCCCAGAACCAUAAAGAAGAACUACCUUUUAUGCGAAGUCUAAGAACUUUGAAUACUCUUUUAACCAAAAGUUUAAAGAAAAUGAAACCCAAAUUGCUACGAUCCUUGAGCGCAUCUCUACUUCUGCACUCCUUGCAGGCCUAUUGCCAGUUUUUGGAUAGCUGGUGGUCAACGGGCGACUUUACAGACAGUUGCGAAGAGUUUCCCUUCCAAAAGAUGUUGAUAAACGAAAGAACAGAGUAUGUUUUGAGAGAUUCAUUGAUCCAAACAGAAGAACUCCUAAAAUGGGAAUUAUUUCAUAUUAUUCAGAGGCAUGUCCUCGACUCCAGUGAGGCAGUGGCCGUUCUCUACGAUGCCCGAACCUUAAGUGACUUCAACUCCCUGCAUGGCAUCGUGCAAGAGCAACCUUUACACAAUUCACUAAUAGAUGGGGUAUUAAAGGAACUGGUGCCAUAUAAGAUUAAAGCAAUAGAGGACAGUAGCUAUGUUCCAGAUAUCCUACAGCAGUUGCAGUGCACUGAUCAUGAUGCAAUUCGCCGGUUGUUUUACUCCUUUCACAUGGAAACUCGACCAGAUCCGCGAAAGUCAAUCAAUCAUUCAAUUGAGGAGUUGCUAAGAAACUUCCUAGCCUGCGCUGACUACACUCCCGUAUCAGAAAUUAUUACCCAGGAACUGAAAAGGUUACUGCAUCGAAGGACUCUAUUGGCCAACUCCUAUAUCUCUGGCCUGGUGCAAGAGUUUCAAGUGAACAAAGUAGUAAAGCACCUACGAUCGGUGUUUCUACUCUGGAACUAUGAGCACUUUCGAAGUGAGUUUGAGUUGCUCUUUGAGUUCCUCAGCAGGAAUCAGUUAAUGGAGGCCACUACUAAACUGAAGCAAAUCGUCGUAUCCCAGGGUUCCAGUCUGGGUCAUAUGUUUAAGGUUCACCUGACCGAAGCCCAUCCUGAAUUUAUCCGCCUCGAGGUCAGGAGAGAUGUCCUACUGAAGCGUGUGAUCAGCCAGCAGCAAAUUGAGACUAUGAAUUCCUGCUUUCGACUUAUUUUAGAUGUGAACUUCUCGCUCUAUCGGUUACAUCAUUUGCCCCCCUUCGAUUACUCCAAGCACGAGCGAUUGUUUAAAGCCCUGAGAUCAAUCCAGAUCUCCCUUAUCUCCGCCCUCGAGGAGCAGCUAUCGCAUCCUUGUAAGCUCCUUCGGUUAAUGCAGGACCUUGAUUCCUAUAACGCUGAACUGGAUGAAUCCACUUCCUUGAGUGAACUUACACGUAAUCAGGAACUAUUUGUGUUGCACGUGGAAAAGUAUUUGCGGGAGGAGCAAUUCGCUUGCAACUUGCCCGAGAUCCUUAAGUUGAGCAGAGUUUUCUGCCAUCGAUGGGAAAAAACCCGAGUCCUUAUAGACGAAUAUCGCAGCCUGAAGGCCACUAAUGCAUUCGAAGGGAAGUACGAGUUGUUGAGGUUGAACUACCUGCUGGGAACACUCAGGAAGUGCAAGGCGAUUGGCUGUUUGUUAGGCCAUUUUUAAAAUUGUGUGUUCAUUGCAUUUCUGUCUUUCUGCUUUUGUUCAAUGAAAUCUAGGUAUUUGUGUCUUUUUCAAAUUUUAUUUGGUUUGAAAUCUAGGUAUUUGUGUUUUUUCUAAAUUUGUUUAGUUUGCAAUAAAGAUUUGUAAAUUGUUUGUAGAACAACAUACUUUUUAUUAGUGAAAUAUAUAUUGAAAACCCCA